CACCGGUGGAGGAGGCGCGAGCGGGUACUGCCGGCGCGCAGGUGUGGCCCUCUCGUCUUGGACGCGGCUGGACCAGCCGCUGUCUUGUAGCGGAGCAGGAGUCCUUGGAGCUCCAGAUCGUGCAUCGCUUCCUCACGUCACCGAAGCCAAAGACAGUACAAACUGAGACACGCCUGUCUCCAUCUCGUCCGGUGGACUUCAGCGAUCCCUCCUCCAACCGGCGCCUCCGUCCUCUACCUCUCCCUCGCGAUCUGUGAAGAACACGCUUUUGGAGGAAGAGCGUGUCCGCAAGCGACCUUGGCAGUGAAGUGGCUGUGAAGUCGUAACGUGGGGUCCCGGACGUCGGCUCCCACGAGGGGAGCGGUGUGGCGGCGCUGCAAGUCUCUGGCGGCGAGCCGUGAGCCAGCGCGUGCCAACGGAUCGUGAGCGGGUGCGACGCCGUCGGGCCGCGAACCUCGGUAGCCGCUGACGAGGACUGAACACAGCCCGUUGGGACCUUCCGUAACGGAGCUAGCUAGCGCUCAAACCGAAUCCCUGGAGCGACGUGCCGGCGUUGACCGCGGGCAGACGCGAGCAGAACCGUGACGCCGUGACACCGUGACGCCGUCAAACGUCCGACAUGUCGCUGUGGACGUCGAGCGCGGAUGAGCCGGUGCCGGGGCCCAGCUGCGAGGAGUCCGAGACUCUUCCGCUGAACCCUCGCCAACAGCAGUUCAACCUGUCCGGCGGCCGGCGGCGACACGGCGGCAAGACGCUGGGCAUCGCCAUGCUGGGGCUGAUCACCACUGUGGGCCUGUUCCUGGGGCUGGCAUUUGGUCUGACAUCGUCACCGAACAUGCCGUUGACGCCGCAGGAACAGCAGGCAGACGACACAAACGCCGACUUACUGAUGCUGACCAGACGCAGCUGGCCAAUCAGAGAGCCGGACCACCUACUGGGCGCUGUGCAGCCGCUGGAGGUCUCGAAGCCGUACCUGAACUCGGUACGAAACCACAGUCUGCUACGGCUGCAGCAGCUGCAGCGGCUGGAGCAGCGGCUUGUACGGCAGGACGUGCUGCCGCCGCCCGGCUCGGCCAGCUUCCGACACCAGCAGCUGUUCCUGAAGACGCACGAGACGGCGGUCCGCGGCGCCAGAGACGGCCUGGUGAAUGGCUGGGCCGGCAGCCGUAUCAAGCAUGACCACAACAUGACGAGGCGGUGGUUUGAGCGGACGCGUCAGCUGGUGCCGGUGCGACAGCCGGCCUCCUGUCGCGCGCCGCCGCCCACCUGCGACGCCAAGGCGCGCUUCCGCACCGCCGACGGCAGCUGCAACAACCUGCGGCAUCCGCGCUGGGGCUCGGCCUUCACCGCCUUCCGGCGCGUCAUGUGGCCCGACUACGAGGACGGGGUGUUCUUCCCGCGCGCGGCCGCGGACGGCGGGUACCUGCCGGCGCCGCGUCAGGUGUGCCGCUACGUGUUCACGGACGAGUACCACGGCGACGCGCGGCUCAGCCUCCUCAUGAUGCAGUGGGGCCAAUUCAUCGACCAUGACGUCACGGCCACGGCCGCCGGCAAAGCGGACAACGGCGCGCCGAUUCGCUGCUGCGGGCCGGAGAUUGACCAUGACCCGAGUCUGCUGCACCCGGAGUGUAUGUCGCUGCUGGUGGGCUUCGACGACCCGCAGUUUGCCGUCUUCAACGUCAGCUGCCUGGACUUCGUGCGGUCGUCGCCGGCACCGCUCUGUCAGUACGGCCCCCGGCAGCAGCUGAACCAGAUCACCGCCUUCUUGGACGGCUCCAACAUCUACGGCUCCGAUGACGAGCAGACAAGCUCUCUGCGCGCGCAUGCCGGCGGCAGGCUGCGGGUGCAGACCACUGAGGAUGGCCGUGAGCUGCUACCGAUCAGCGCCGACCCGAAAGACGGCUGCAACCGCAACGCCUCGAUGGCGGUCAACCAGUACUGUUUCCGCUCAGGUGACGCGCGCGUCAACGAGCAGAUCUCGCUGACGGCGACGCACACGCAGUGGAUGCGUCAGCACAACCUGGUGGCCGACGAGCUGGCCGACAUCAACCCGCACUGGGACGACGAGCGGACGUUCCAGGAGAGCCGGCGCAUCAUCGCGGCCAUGAUGCAGCACAUCACGGCCGCCGAGUACCUGCCGCUGCUGCUCGGUGAAAAGCUGGCUCGCUCUGCCGGUCUGCUCCCGCUCAAGGAGGGCUACUUCUACGGCUACUCCAACACCACCGACCCCACCAUCGCCAAUGUGUUCGCAACCGCCGCCUUCCGGUUCGGUCACAGCCAGAUCCAGGGUCUGAUCAAGAUGAUGGGUGCGUUCGACAAAACCGAGGACUUCACGCAGCUGCACCGGCUGUUCUUCAACCCGACGCGGCUGUACCAGACGAGCAAGAUGGACGCGCUGACGCGGGGUCAGCUCAACACGUGCAGCAGGGCGGCGGACGCUCACCUCACCAGCCAGAUCACGAUGCACCUCUUCGAGCCGGAUUCCGCGCCGACCGGGCUCGACCUGGGCGCCAUCAACGUGCAGCGGGGUCGGGACCACGGCCUGCCGCCCUACAACGCGUGGCGGCGCCACUGUGGCCUGCAGCCGCUCGCCGACUUCGCCGCUCUCCGCCAGAUGGCGCUGCAGCCGGCGCAGGCCGACCGGGUGGAGGAGCUGUACAGGUCCAUCGACCACGUGGACCUAUACGUGGGCGGCCUGCUGGAGCCGCCGCUGGAGGGCGCUGCCGUCGGGCCGACCUUCGCCUGUCUGCUCACCGACCAGUUCGUGCGCAUGAAGACGGGCGACCGGUUCUGGUACGAGACCGGCGACCCCCUGCUGCGCUUCUCGCCCGACCAGCUGCGCCAGAUUCGUCGCGCCAACCUGGCCCGCGUUCUGUGCGACACGUCCGACCGGCUGGAGAAGGCGCAGCCGCGGCCGCUGCUGCUGCCAUCUGCCGACAACGCGCCAAAGCCGUGCGGCUCGCUGGCGCUGCCAGUGAUGGAUCUCUCUUACUGGGAGGAGCCGGCGCCGCGCGCCACGACCUGCAGCUCCUGCUGACCACGCGACCUGGGUGGCACCCCAGUGGGGCGCGGCACGCGGCGUGGUGCGGUGGACGCGUCUGGCUGCCAUCGAUGACUCACUUAUGACUCGCGGGGAGGGGGCGAGGAGGGGAGGGGAGGGGGACGUGCAGCACAGGUACCGUCGUGAAUAGAGCCGGGAGAAACAGCGCCAUAACCCGAGCAUUCGUCCCCACCUCUGGUGCAGACGCCCACUCGGUAGCGGCCUGAAGGCGGUCCGGUGCCUGGUCUUCCUCACCAGCCGGUGCUGGUGUAACAUUCCUCCCGCGUAUACCGCAUAUCCCGGCGUAUCUUUCAGCGGUCCGAGAUUUGUCACUGGCUCUAUUGGGGCUGCAGUCUUUCGUGGAGACGUUGCCGUUGGACGCUGGUUGCCGGGAAGUAAACCUGUCGAAAUGUGACCGCCUGGGCAUGCCGUGCCCACAAAAGUCGCGUAGGAUGUUGAGCCUGCGGUGCAAUGCGCAGACACACUGCCAGAUUUUUGUUCGAUGCAGCUGUUCGUACGAGAUUGAAAUCAUAUGUUGUUGAUUUGUGUCAUCAGUUUCAGCGGACUCGCUUGCUUUUUCCCUCUGGUCUGUGCAGGAAGCUCACGGACGCGCGGUCGUUUUGUUACCCUUCGAGCAAUACUGCAGCGACGGUUGAUGGCAGUUGUCCAUCAUUCCUCUUCUCCAGACGGGUGUAUUCGGCCCAGUUCCGGCAAGUCGAGCGGGCAGAUGAAAUGCACAUUGCAUUAUUGCAGUGGCAACGACACUGCAUGCGAAUCAGCGCGCUGUCUUGAUAUGAUAUUAUGUCCAUGGCCGUGUUCCCGCCAUGCUUAUCGGUUAGCGAUGUGCCUGAACGCCCCAAUACAC